AUGUCGCCCAACAACACGGUACAGGACUCAGCUCAGGCUGCCUCUCUUUCCGACCCUGAGAAAUUCUGGGAUCAACACGCAAUGGAACUCUACUGGCAUAAACCAUACAGUCGUGUCCUUCGGCAACAACCUAAGAAGUUACAAGACGGUACCACGCAUCCACAUUGGUCUUGGUUUCCCGACGGCGAGAUCAGUACCGCAUACAAUUGUCUAGACCGCCAUGUCAAGGCAGGCAAUGGUGACAAAGUCGCUAUGAUCUGGGAUAGUCCGGUGAGCGCGUCGAAGGAGAGAUACACGUACGAUCAGAUGCUGGAAGAGGUGGAAACUCUGGCAGGAGUGUUGAGAGAAGAAGGUGUCCAAAAGGGUGAUGUCGUCCUGAUCUAUAUGCCUAUGAUUCCUCCUGCCGUCUUUGGUAUGUUGGCAGCUGUCCGUUUGGGCGCCAUGCACGCAGUCGUCUUCGGAGGUUUCGCAGCAACCAGUUUGGCCCAAAGAAUUGAGGCCGCCAAACCCAAGGUCAUUUUGACUGCCAGCUGUGCCAUUGAAGGCACCAAAGGACCACUCGAGUACAGACCGUUUGUCAAGGGUGCCAUUCAGCAAAGCAGUUGGAAACCCGACAAAACGAUCAUCUGGCAACGAGACGUCCGGCGAUGGGAUCCCGUCGAAAAGAACGCCGGUCAGAGAAAUUGGCAGCGCCUUGUCAAAAGCGCCAGAAAUAGAGGGGUCAGGGCGGAGGCCGUCCCAGUCCAAAGUACGGAUGGCCUGUAUAUUAUUUACACCAGUGGCACGACAGGAUUACCAAAAGGGGUUCUUCGCGAAGCAGGAGGUCACGCAGUUGGUCUCAAUCUGAGUAUCAAAUAUCUUUUCGAUGUCAAAGGUCCUGGCGACACCAUCUUCACUGGCAGUGAUAUCGGUUGGGUUGUUGGGCAUUCUUAUAUCGUCUACGCGCCUCUUCUUACCGGGGCAACUACCGUUCUAUAUGAAGGCAAACCGAUUGGGACACCUGAUGCCGGUGCAUUCUGGCGUCUGGUUGACGAGUAUAAGGUGACGACGUUAUUUACGGCUCCCACAGCUCUGAGAGCUAUUCGAAAAGAGGAUCCAGAGGAUAAGUUCUUCAAGGAACACGGCGAAAACGGUCGAUUGAGACACUGGCGCGCUCUCUUCCUGGCCGGUGAAAGAUCGGAGCCUGCCAUCAUCACACACUAUCAGGGGCUCAUGAGCGAGUACGCUGCUCCUGAUGCUCGAGUCAUUGAUCAUUGGUGGUCGACUGAAUCAGGUAGUCCGAUGACUGGUCUUGCAUUGCGACCUGCGAUAGGUCUGGAUCACAAUAGCCGCGAAACGCACAAGGCUCUGGCCGUCAAGCCCGGUAGUGCGGGCAAACCAAUGCUGGGAUUCGACGUCCGCAUCGUUGAUGACGACGGAAAGGAGGUCGAACGAGGAAAGAUGGGCAAUAUUGUGCUCGCUAUGCCGUUGGCUCCCACUGGCUUCACGACCUUGUUCAACGAUGAUCUCCGGUUUUACAAGGGGUACCUGAGACGAUUUGAUGGCAAGUGGCUGGAUACUGGCGAUGCCGGAAUGAUUGAUCAGGACGAUUAUGUUCAUGUGAUGAGUCGCAGUGAUGAUAUCAUCAAUGUUGCCGCUCAUCGAUUUAGCACCGGUGCCAUCGAACAAGCUAUAACGUCUCACCCUUCUGUUGCCGAAGCCUGUGUUGUGGGUAUUCCCGACACAAUGAAAGGUCACUUGCCAUUUGCAUUUGUCAUUCCCUCCAGCGCCACGCCCCCUGACCUCCCAGCAACACCCUCCAAGGAAUUUUUCACAUCGAUCAAUAAUUUGGUCCGCACGCAGAUUGGUGCCAUUGCAUCUCUUGGUGGAAUCAUUCAGGGUAAAGGUAUGAUUCCCAAAACCCGAAGCGGGAAGACUCUCAGACGGGUGUUGAGAGAGCUGGUCGAGAAUGGUGCGGAGGGGAAUUAUGACAAGGAAGUCAAUGUCCCUGCUACCGUGGAGGAUAAGGAGGUUGUUGAGGUUGCCAGGCAGAAGGUCAAAGAGUGGUUUGAGGAGAGGACGAAACAGCAAAGUUCUUCAAAAGCGAAAUUGUGA